CGCAUGCACCCAGCCCUCCCCCCAACUCCACCUUCCCCUAUUCCGAAAUCGAAACGCCCCCGAGUCAGAUCAGAUCAAAGCGGCGCCGCACGGGAGGGCCUCCCAUUUCGCGGAUCAAGAAGGGGCUAGGGUUCCCGCGUAGCGAGCUGCCGACCCCGCUUCAGCCAUGAUGUCGAGGUCAUACACCAACCUCCUCGACCUCGCCGCGGGCAACUUCGCGGCGCUGGGCCCGUCCGGCGGCGGGAGGCGGCGGUCGGGGUCGUUCGGGAUGAAGCGGAUGCCCCGGGUCAUGACGGUGCCCGGGCCGCUGUCCGACCUAGACGACGACGACGACGACGAGCAGGCGGCGACCAGCAGCGUCGCCUCCGACGUGCCCUCGUCGGCCGUCGGGGAGCGCAUCAUCGUGGUGGCCAACCAGCUCCCCGUCGUCGCGCGCCGCCGCCCCGACGGCCGCGGCUGGGUCUUCUCCUGGGACGAGGACUCGCUCCUCCUCAGGCUCCGCGACGGCGUCCCCGACGAGAUGGAGGUGUUCUUCGUCGGCUCGCUCCGCGCCGACGUGCCGCCCGCCGAGCAGGACGAGGUCUCGCAGACCCUCAUCGACGGCUUCCGCUGCGCCCCCGUGUUCCUGUCGCCCGAACUCAACGAGCGCUUCUACCACCACUUCUGCAAGGGCUACCUCUGGCCGCUGUUCCACUACAUGCUCCCCUUCGCCGCCCAGUUGUCCCCGACGACGGAGGCGGCCCCAUCCAGCGAUGGGGGCAGGUUUGACCGCAGCGCCUGGGAGGCGUAUGUGCUCGCGAACAAGCACUUCUACGAGAAGGUGGUAGAGGUCAUCAACCCGGAGGACGACUACAUCUGGGUCCACGAUUACCAUCUCAUGGCGCUGCCCACCUUCCUCCGGCGCCGAUUUAACCGCCUCCGGAUCGGCUUCUUUCUGCACAGCCCAUUUCCGUCAUCGGAGAUCUACCGCACCCUCCCUGUCCGAGAGGAGGUGCUAAGGACAUUGCUAAAUUGUGAUCUCAUCGGGUUUCACACCUUUGAUUAUGCCAGGCACUUCCUUUCUUGCUGCAGUAGGAUGCUUGGUCUUGAGUACCAGUCAAAGCGUGGAUACAUUGGAUUGGAGUAUUUUGGCCGCACUGUUGGGAUCAAGAUCAUGCCUAUGGGAAUCCAUAUGGGCCAAUUGCAGUCAGUGCUGCGAUUACCUGAGCAGGAGCAGAAGGUUGCUGAGCUGCGGCAGCGAUUUGAGGGGAAAACUGUGUUUCUUGGUGUAGAUGAUACAGAUAUCUUUAAAGGGAUCAAUUUGAAGCUUCUUGCAUUCGAGACUAUGCUGAGGAUGCAUCCCAAGUGGCAGGGGAGGGCUGUGCUGGUGCAGAUAGCAAACCCUCCUCGUGGGAAGGGCAAGGAACUGGAGACCAUCCAGGCUGAGAUUCGGGUGACUUGUGAGAGGAUCAAUAGGGAUUUUGGCCGGACUGGGUACAGCCCUGUUGUCUUUAUUGAUCGGAACGUGCCAAGUGUGGAGAGGCUUGCAUAUUACACAAUAGCUGAGUGUGUGGUAGUUACUGCGGUGAGGGAUGGAAUGAACUUGACUCCUUACGAGUACAUUGUCUGCCGGCAGGGGAUACCUGGCUCAGAGUCUGCACCAGAGGUGAGUGGACCAAAGAAGAGCAUGCUUGUUGUGUCGGAGUUCAUUGGGUGCUCACCUUCGUUGAGUGGUGCUAUUCGUGUUAACCCAUGGAAUAUAGAAACAACUGCUGAGGCAUUGAAUGAGGCAAUCUCGGUGUCAGAACAAGAAAAGCAGCUGAGGCAUGGAAAACAUUACCGCUAUGUCAGCACCCAUGAUGUUGCAUAUUGGUCUAGGAGCUUUGUCCAGGAUCUGGAGAGGGCCUGCAAGGACCACUUUCGGAAGCCAUGCUGGGGCAUUGGAUUAGGGUUUGGAUUUAGGGUGGUGGCCCUAGAUCCUCAUUUCUCAAAGCUUAAUUUGGAUACAAUCGUCAUGUCUUAUGAGAGAGCAAAGAGUAGGGCUAUAUUGCUUGAUUAUGAUGGUACAUUGGUACCACAGGCUUCAAUCAACAAAGAACCAAGUGCAGAAAUAGUGAGCAUCAUCAAUACACUAUGUUCGGAUAGCAAUAACAUUGUUUUCAUUGUCAGUGGGAGAAGUAGGGAUAGCUUGGGAUCAAUGUUUGCCUCAUGCCCAAAGCUAGGACUUGCAGCAGAACACGGUUACUUCUUAAGGUGGACAAGAGAUGAAGAGUGGCAGACAAUCACGCGUACCCCAGAUUUUGGAUGGAUGCAAAUGGCUGAGCCGGUGAUGAAUCUUUAUACGGAAGCAACAGAUGGAUCCUACAUUGAAACCAAAGAAACUGCGUUGGUGUGGCAUCACCAGGACGCUGACCCUGGCUUUGGGUCUUCCCAGGCAAAGGAGAUGCUUGAUCACCUGGAAAGUGUACUAGCAAAUGAACCAGUUGCAGUCAAGAGUGGACAGUUCAUCGUCGAAGUAAAACCUCAGGGUGUCAGCAAAGGCCUUGUAGCUGAGAAGAUACUCACAUUGAUGAAAGAGAAAGGGCAGCAGGCAGAUUUUGUAUUAUGCAUCGGUGAUGACAGGUCAGAUGAGGAUAUGUUUGAAAAUAUUGCUGAUGUUAUGAAGAGAAACAUUGUUGCUCCGAAAACACCACUGUUUGCAUGUACAGUGGGGCAGAAACCAAGCAAAGCCAGGUUCUAUCUGGAUGAUACAUUUGAAGUAGUCAACAUGCUGAGCUCACUAGCAGAUGCUUCAGAUCCUGACCCUAUUAUAGAGUUAGAAGAUGACUUGGCAACAUCUGUCUCAUCGAUAGAUAUCAGUGAUGAACCACCAAAGUUUGGUAAUAGAAGAGAUGAAGGAUCUUAGGCUUGAGCUUGAACUUCCAAAACCUACAUGUUAUGAUGAUUGGCUCGCACAAGUUUUUCUGCUGGUUGGAUCUGAAGUCGUGGAACAGCGAAUGAAGAUUGGCCGCAGGGCUAGAGAUGCAUUACAUGACAUGUCAACAAGCUAACUGAUUCAUUAUAUAGAUGAUAGCCUUUUUUCUCCAGGUGGGCAAGAGUCUACCUUCACAAAUCCUAAUUCUGCAGUCUGGAGAGGGAUUCAAGAGUAGUUUCAAAUCUCUGUUCUCAAGGCGGUAAGGCGGACGCCUAGCAAGGUGGGGCGGCUGGACGCCUAGGCGAGCAAGGCGGGCGCCUAGGCGAGCAAGGCGGGCGCCUAGGCAAGCAAGGCGCAAAUCAGUGGACGGCGCAUGGACGCCUAGGCGUCGCCUAGGCGACGCCUUGAGAACAGAGUUUCAAAUAGCCUCAUUCUGCGCUUGGUUCGGGCAUCACAAUCAGUUGGUGCCAAGGAGAUUCAUCUGUCCAUAGCUGACACCUUAUGUUCUUGCAAGUUUCAGCGCUUCUUUUUUUUCGCAUUAUCAUCUUCAUUGGAAUCUGAAAUGUAAUAUCCACGUGGUUGCUGAAAUGUAAUCCACGUUAGUAAGGGAGCAAGGCUGAUGAAAUCCAUUGGUUGGAGUUUGUGAAAGGACGCAUGUCGCUACAUGGUUCGGUGUUUGCUGACUUUGUUAACAGCUAGAUUGUCUAGUCAGGAAAAACACGUGAUUUGUUCGUUUUGAAUUGUAAUAGUGUGGCAAUGUGAAGGAUGUUGCUUGAUUCAUCAUUUGAUGACCUAAUAUAUAUCAUCAUCAUUAUUUAUCUGGUUAA